CCUCAUCACCUUCCUUCCUUCCUUCACGUCUCGUCAAUCACCACUGGCCGACCUCAAGGGCAAAUCCUCGCGCCGAUCCCGCGCCGAGUACGCCCACGAUGGCCACCAGAGAUCAGAAGUUGUUGAAGGCUACGAAGUUCCCGCCGGAGUUUGACGUCAAGGUCAACACGAAGAAGGUCAACAUCGAGGUCCUCAAGAAAUGGAUUACAAACAAAAUCACUACUAUCAUGGGAACCGAGGACGAUAUCGUCAUUGAGACUUGCUUCAACCUGCUGGAUGUCGAACGCCCGGAUAUCAAAUCGAUCCAGAUUGCGCUCACUGGGUUUCUCGAAAAAGACGCUGCUUCCUUCUGCAAAGAGCUUUGGCUACUAUGCAUUAGCGCCCAGAACAGCCCAUCCGGAGUCCCCAAGGAACUACUUGAGGCAAAGAAGCAAGAGCUCAUCCAGGAGAGACUUGAGCAGGAACGACUGGCGACCGAAGCUAGAAAGCGUCGAGAACAAGAUGACACUAGAGAUCGUGAUAUCGACGAUGUUCGUUUCCGAGAGCGCACCGAGCGCGGACGAGGACGAGGUCGCGGACCUCCGCGUGGUGGCUAUCGAGGCGACCGCGGCAGAUAUCACGACAGGCGCUCACCACGCCGCGAUUCUAGAUCUCCGCCGAGACGCGCUCUAGUUCAGCGAGAUCGCAACACCUAUAUCCCAGGAGACCGUCGUGGUAACGGGCGCAGCAGAUCCAGAUCUCCACCGCGCCGCAGGAACACCUCAUCUAGUCCCUCCCGGUCUCCGGAGAUCGUCACCGGUGACAAGUCUCCACCUCGCCGUCGCAGCCCUUCCCCGCGCGAGCGACGCCAAGCAGACACCUACGCGCCGGGACGAGGCCGUGGCCAUGAUCGUGGCAGGGUGCGAUCACGCUCACCCCGACGCCGCGUGUCAUCGUCCAGCCGCUCGCGUUCUCCCCCAGCGAAGCGCUCUCGGUACCGAUCAAGGACUAGGUCUCCAUCACGCCGAGGGUACAGAGGAGGAGGUAGAACUAGGUAUGCGCGAGAUAGGAGCAUCACACCGCCUCGUCGACGGCGCUCACCGUCACCUCGGCCACGGGCAGCUCGGAGGGCUCGUUCUGUGUCCAUCGUGUCUUCACGCAGUCGCUCCCCGCCUCGACGCCGGGGCGAGAAGAGUCGUCGACGAAGCCCGAGCUGGAGUGAACCAUCCGUCAGCCCUAGGAGAGACAGGAGGAAGGGAUAUCAACUCCCCUAGGUCAUCGAGCAAACGUAGUGCAGUACGGAAGCGCUCCCGCUCGCUCAGCCGUCAUUCAUCCCACUCCCGCGACCGGGGUAAAUCUCAUUCCCCAGCUCAAGCGAUGGAAGAGUGAGGAGAAAUUCGAAGUCUCCCCAAAGGUAAUCCGUAUCAACCCCAAGACUACCUUCUCUCUAG